GCUUUUACUCCUCUUACCUCAAUUCAACCUCCUCUUUCUCUAUCUUAAACCGCAAUCACCAUUCAUUACCAUUACAUUUCAACUUUUUCCCAUUUCUGCAUUUCCCAUUUCGUUCAUUCCGCUUUUUUCAACUUCAAAAGACUUGCAUUUUCUUAGGUUUCACUGCUAGCUGCUCUAUUGAAGCGACAAUGAGUUCGCAGACAUACAAGCACUCGAAAACCAUGAAACCUUCUAAUCAACCGUCUUCAACUCCGCCCUCUUCGAGAUCUUCCUCAUCUUCUCUUUCUUCCCACCUCGCCAUGGUCGAACUCAAGGGAAGGAUCCUCACCUCUCUCUCGAAGCUUUCUGACAGAGACACUUACCAGAUCGCAGUUGAAGACUUGGAAAAAAUCAUCCAAAGUUUAUCCCCAGAGAGCAUACCCAUGAUUCUGAAUUGCUUGUAUGAAGCGUCCAACGAUCCAAAACCAGCUGUCAAGAAAGAGUCCCUUAGGUUGUUCACAGUGGUUUGUGCGUCGCACAGCGAUUCUGCGUCGACCCACUUGACCAAAAUUAUAGCCCACAUUGUGAAGAGACUCAAGGACUCCGAUUCAGGCGUGAAGGAUGCGUGUCGUGACGCUAUUGGUGCACUGUCGGCGCAGUACUUGAAAGGUGCAGGCGGGGUUACUGAUAAUGGAGGUCUUGGUUCUGUGGUUGCAUUAUUUGUGAAGCCGCUGUUUGAAGCGAUGGGUGAGCAAAACAAGGGAGUGCAAUCCGGUGCUGCUAUAUGCAUGGCUAAGAUGGUGGAGUGCGCUUCAGAACCGCCUAUUUCUGCGUUUCAGAAGCUGUGCCCCAGGAUAUGCAAGUUCCUUAACAAUCCCAACUUCUUGGCAAAAGCUUCAGUCUUACCCGUUGUAGCUAGCUUGUCUCAGGUUGGAGCAAUCACACCACAGAGCAUGGAACAUUUGCUACCUAGUAUCCAUGAGUGCCUCACCAGUACUGAUUGGGCAACACGCAAGGCGGCUGCUGAUGCAUUAAGCUCCUUGGCUUUGCAUCCAAGCAGCUUGGUUAUGGAUGGAGCAUCAUCUACAAUGGAAGCACUUGAGGCAUGCCGUUUUGAUAAGAUAAAACCUGUCAGAGAUAGCAUGACAGAAGCACUGCAGUUAUGGAAAAAGAUUGCAGGAAAAGGAGAUGGAGCUACUGAUGAUUCCAAGCCCUCGACUUGUGAACCAGCUGUUUCGUCAGAAACAAGUGACAUAAAAAAGGUACAUCUCGGAGAAAGUAAGGCUGAGCCAUCAGCAAAGGAUUUAUCAGCUGGUUCUUCUAACUUGGAUUCCACUGCCAAAGCCAAACCUGUCAAUAUUCCAGAGAAGGCAGUUGUAAUAUUGAAAAAGAAAGCUCCUACCUUAACUGAUAAAGAGAUAAACCUAGAAUUCUUCCAGAAACUUGAAAGAAGGGGUUCAGAUGAUUUACCUGUAGAAGUAGUUGUUCCUCGUAGAUGUAUCAAUUCUUCAGGCACAAUCAAUGAAGAAGAAUCUGAGGCAAGUUUAAAAAGUUCGAAAGAAAGAAUAAAUUGCACUGGAAAUGUUUCUGCUGAGAAUUUUCAUGGAUCUGUCAACAAUAACUAUCGCAUCUCAGAGAGAAGCAAUGAUGUGAAUUCUAGACAACAAAACCAUGAAGAUUUUGCCCACGAUAGAUACUCUGAAAAGAAAGUGAAUGGUAAAGAAUUAAGAACAAAAGCACAUGAUACUGAUGAUAGGAUUGACAUCAGUCAGAGGGAAAGUUCUGCUAAUGUAUCAGGUUUUUCUAAAACGGAUGGUCAAUCGGAAGUCUCCUUCAACAACAGAGGAAAUUGGUUGGCUAUCCAGAGGCAGUUACUGCAGCUUGAAAGGCAACAAGCUCACCUGAUGAACAUGGUGCAGGAUUUUAUGGGUGGAUCUCAUGAUGGCAUGGUGACUUUAGAGAAUAGAGUACGAGGGCUUGAGAGGGUUGUUGAAGACAUGGCACGUGAUUUAUCUAUAUCAUCAGGUCGCAGAGGUGGUAACUUUUCAGGAUUUGAGGGAUGUUCUAGUAGACCUGGAAAGUAUAACAGUUUUGCUGACUACUCCAUUGGCAAGUAUGGAAGAAGUGGUGAUGGACGUAUCCCUUUUGGCGAAAAAUUUGGCCAAUCUGAUGGAAAUGCUUUGGGCAUGAGGGGUAGAGGGUCAUCUUGGAGGUCUGACAUGUCUGAAGCAUGGGAUUUUCCUGGGCAUACUACUUCUAGAAAUGGCCAGAUGCCCUCAAGGAGAACUUUUGGCGGUGGUUCUGUUGAUGGAAGAUCUCCAAAGUCAGCACACGAGAUUGAUCAAGGGGUCAGCAGAAGAGCUUGGGAAAAAGUUGCAAUGCCCCUUCGGCUGGGUGAGGGGCCUUCUGCCAGAAGCGUAUGGCAAGCCUCAAAAGAUGAAGCUACCUUAGAAGCAAUUAGAGUCGCUGGAGAGGAUGGUGGAACAUCUCGAGCAACAAGAGUGGCUAUCCCUGAAAUGACUGCUGAAGCUUUGGCAGAUGACAAUAUUGGGCAAGAGAGGGAUGCCAUCUGGACUUCUUGGAGUAAUGCUAUGGAUGCUCUUCAAGCGGGUGAUAUAGAUUCAGCCUAUGCUGAAGUUUUAUCCACAGGUGAUGAUUUCUUACUAGUGAAGCUAAUGGACAGAUCAGGGCCUGUAAUCUAUCAACUUUCAAAUGAGGUGGCCUCUGAGGUCUUGCAUGCAAUUGGACAGUUCUUAUUAGAGCAGAAUCUAUUUGAUGUCUGCCUGUCUUGGAUUCAACAGUUGUUGGAGAUAGUAUUGGAGAAUGGACCUGAUACCUUUGGGAUUCCCAUGGAAUUGAAGAAGGAAGUCUUGCUGAAUCUACAUGAAGCUGCUUCUUCAAUCGAUACAGCUGAGGACUGGGAAGGAGUGCCACCAGACCAACUCUUGUUUCAGUUAGCUUCAGGCUGGGGAAUUGAUCUGCAACAGAAUGACAAGUAGCUUGUAGAUUUUAUAUUGAGGCUAUUGGUUGUAAGAAUCUGGGGAAUUGAUCACGUGAAGUGACUUCAAAAGGUCCUGAUCAGUAAGAAUCCAUGGUAUGUUUUCAGUUUUGGCUUGGGUUGGUUUCCUUGAAGUCUUUGGAUUUUGAAUAUACGUCAAAUAGUAAUGUAAUUUCUCCCGAAAUUUAGGACCAUUCAAUAUUCUGAAAAGAAUGUGUAUCUUUUAUUUACGGUACAAAAAUGCAAUAUAUGAUAGCUAAUUUGCUUUUA